UAAGGGAAGUUUCAGAGAAGCUGAACAAAUAUAAUUUAAACAGCCACCCCCCCUUGAAUGUAUUGGAACAGGCCACUAUUAAACAGUGUGUGGUGGGACCAAAUCAUGCUGCAUUUCUUCUUGAGGAUGGUAGAGUCUGCAGGAUUGGUUUUUCAGUUCAACCAGACAGAUUGGAAUUGGGUAAACCUGAUAAUAAUGAUGGUUCAAAGUUGAGCAGUGGCUCAGGGGCAGGAAGGACAUCCAGGCCAGGCAGGACUAGUGACUCCCCAUGGUUUCUGUCUGGUUCUGAAACUCUGGGCAGACUGGCAGGCAACACCCUUGGAAGUCGCUGGAGUUCUGGGGUUGGCGGAAGUGGAGGAGGAUCUUCUGGUAGAUCAUCUGCUGGAGCUCGAGAUUCUCGAAGGCAGACCAGAGUUAUACGCACAGGCCGUGAUAGAGGAUCUGGACUGCUGGGGAGUCAACCACAACCCGUGAUUCCAGCAUCAGUCAUUCCAGAGGAACUCAUUUCACAGGCACAAGUUGUUUUACAAGGGAAGUCCAGAAGUAUUAUUAUUCGGGAACUCCAACGAACAAAUCUGGAUGUAAACCUUGCUGUAAAUAAUUUGUUGAGUCGUGAUGAUGAAGAUGGAGAUGAUGGUGAUGACACAGCAAGUGAAUCAUAUCUUCCUGGAGAGGAUCUUAUGUCUCUUCUGGAUGCUGACAUACAUUCUGCUCACCCAAGUGUCAUUAUUGAUGCUGAUGCUAUGUUUUCAGAAGAUAUUAGUUACUUUGGUUAUCCAUCCUUUCGGCGCUCAUCACUUUCCAGGCUAGGCUCAUCCAGAGAGAGAGACUCUGAGCUGUUGCGUGAACGUGAGUCCGUUUUACGUUUGCGUGAACGAAGGUGGCUUGAUGGAGCCUCAUUUGAUAAUGAAAGAGGCUCUACAAGUAAGGAGGGGGAACCAAACCUGGACAAGAAGAAUACACCUGUUCAAAGUCCUGUUUCUUUAGGAGAAGACUUGCAGUGGUGGCCAGAUAAGGAUGGAACAAAGUUUAUUUCUAUCGGAGCUCUAUAUUCUGAGCUCGUGGCUGUUAGCAGCAAGGGAGAACUCUAUCAGUGGAAGUGGAGUGAAUCAGAGCCUUACAGAAAUGCACAGAAUCCUUCACUACAUCAUCCACGAGCCAUGUUCUUGGGAUUAACCAAUGAAAAAAUAGUGCUUCUUUCUGCAAAUAGUAUUAGAGCGACUGUUGCCACUGAGAAUAACAAGGUUGCUACGUGGGUAGAUGAAACUUUAAGCUCUGUAGCUUCUAAAUUAGAACACACUGCACAGACGUACUCGGAGCUUCAGGGAGAACGGAUCGUUUCUUUGCAUUGUUGUGCUCUUUAUACGUGUGCUCAACUAGAGAACAAUUUGUAUUGGUGGGGUGUAGUUCCUUUCAGCCAAAGGAAGAAAAUGCUAGAGAAGGCCAGAGCAAAAAAUAAAAAGCCGAAGUCCAGCGCUGGUAUUUCUUCUAUGCCAAACAUAACUGUUGGAACCCAGGUGUGUUUAAGAAAUAAUCCUCUCUAUCAUGCUGGAGCCGUUGCUUUUUCAAUCAGUGCUGGAAUUCCUAAAGUGGGUGUGUUAAUGGAAUCUGUUUGGAACAUGAAUGACAGCUGUCGAUUCCAGCUUCGAUCACCUGAGAGCUUGAAAAACAUGGAGAAAGCUAGCAAAACUACUGAGGCAAAACCUGAAAGCAAACAGGAACCAGUGAAAACUGAGAUGGGGCCUCCACCAUCCCCAGCUUCCACUUGUAGUGAUGCAUCUUCAAUAGCAAGCAGUGCAUCAAUGCCAUAUAAGCGACGACGAUCUACUCCUGCCCCCAAAGAGGAGGAGAAAGUGAAUGAAGAGCAGUGGUCUCUGAGGGAAGUUGUGUUUGUGGAAGACGUUAAGAAUGUUCCUGUUGGCAAGGUGCUAAAAGUGGAUGGUGCUUAUGUUGCUGUGAAAUUUCCAGGCACUUCCAGUAACACAAACUGUCAGAGCAGCUCUAAUUCAGAUCCUGAUCCUUCUUCUCUUCUACAAGACUGUAGACUGCUCAGAAUAGACGAACUGCAGGUCGUAAAAACUGGUGGAACUCCAAAAGUUCCUGACUGUUUUCAAAGGACACCUAAAAAGCUGUGUAUUCCUGAAAAAACAGAGAUCCUAGCAGUAAAUGUAGAUUCAAAAGGGGUGCAUGCUGUUCUGAAAACUGGGAACUGGGUUCGAUACUGCAUAUUUGACCUUGCCACAGGAAAGGCUGAACAGGAAAAUAAUUUCCCUACCAGCAGCAUUGCGUUCCUGGGUCAGAAUGAGAGAAGUGUUGCUAUUUUUACAGCUGGACAGGAAUCUCCUAUUAUUCUGAGAGAUGGAAAUGGUACAAUCUAUCCAAUGGCAAAAGACUGUAUGGGUGGGAUACGAGACCCUGACUGGCUUGAUCUUCCACCUAUUAGUAGUCUUGGAAUGGGUGUUCAUUCCUUAACAAAUCUUCCUGCUAACUCGACCAUCAAAAAGAAAGCUGCUAUUAUCAUUAUGGCUGUUGAGAAACAAACUUUAAUGCAGCACAUUCUCCGAUGUGACUAUGAGGCUUGCAGACAAUACCUGAUGAAUCUUGAACAAGCGGUUGUCUUGGAUCAGAAUCCACAAGUGCUGCAGACGUUCCUUGGCCAUCGAUGUGAUGGAAACCGCAAUAUUCUGCAUGCUUGUGUGUCUGUGUGCUUCCCAACCAGCAACAAAGAAACAAAAGAGGAAGAGGGACUACCUCAUUCAGUGCACAAGAUGGACGGUGCUCACCGAAUGGAAGCGGAGCGCUCUGAAAGGAAUACGUUUGCUGAAAGGCUCUCGGCUGUGGAAGCUAUUGCAAAUGCAAUCUCUGUCGUGUCAAGUAAUGGUCCAGGAAAUCGGGCAGGAUCAUCGAGCAGCAGAAGUUUGAGAUUAAGGGAAAUGAUGCGAAGAUCCCUGAGAGCUGCAGGACUGGGCAGACAUGAAGCUGGUGCUUCAUCAAGUGAUCACCAGGACCCAGUUUCUCCACCAAUAGCUCCUCCCAGCUGGGUUCCAGAUCCUCCCGCAAUGGAUCCGGAUGGUGACAUUGAUUUUAUCCUGGCCCCCGCUGUGGGAUCUCUUACCACAGCAGCGACUGGCACCGGCCAAGGACCUAGCACCUCCACGAUACCAGGUCCUUCUACUGAACCAUCUGUAGUGGAAUCAAAGGAUCGGAAGGCAAAUGCUCAUUUCAUACUGAAAUUACUAUGCGAUAGUGUUGUUUUACAACCUUAUCUUCGAGAAUUGCUUUCAGCUAAGGAUGCAAGAGGCAUGACACCAUUUAUGUCAGCAGUUAGUGGCCGGGCUUACCCUGCUGCAAUUACAAUUCUAGAAACUGCACAGAAAAUUGCUAAAGCUGAAGCAACUUCCAGUGAAAAAGAAGACGAUGUGUUUAUGGGAAUGGUUUGUCCUACUGGUACGAAUCCAGAUGACUCUCCAUUGUAUGUUUUGUGCUGUAAUGAUACAUGCAGUUUUACAUGGACUGGUGCAGAACAUAUUAACCAAGAUAUAUUUGAAUGCCGAACAUGUGGCCUACUGGAAUCUCUUUGCUGUUGCACAGAAUGUGCAAGGGUCUGUCACAAAGGACAUGACUGCAAGCUCAAACGAACGUCUCCAACAGCCUAUUGUGAUUGCUGGGAGAAGUGCAAGUGUAAAACACUAAUUGCUGGACAAAAGUCUGCUCGCCUUGAUCUGCUUUACCGCCUGCUUACCACCACAAACCUUGUCACCAUGCCAAAUAGCAGGGGAGAGCAUCUGCUGCUCUUUUUAGUACAGACAGUUGCCAGGCAAACUGUGGAACACUGCCAAUACAGACCACCUAGAAUUAGGGAAGAUCGUAAUCGUAAAACUGCAAAUCCUGAAGAUUCUGAUAUGCCUGAUCAUGAUUUAGAACCUCCUCGUUUUGCCCAGCUUGCUUUGGAACGUGUCUUGCAAGACUGGAAUGCACUGAAAUCCAUGAUCAUGUUUGGCUCCCAGGAAAAUAAAGACCCUCUUAGUGCAAGCAGGAGGAUAGGCCAUCUUCUGCCUGAAGAACAAGUUUACCUUAAUCAGCAAAGUGGAACUAUUCGCUUGGACUGUUUUACACACUGCCUUAUUGUCAAGUGCACAGCAGACAUUUUGCUCUUAGAUACUUUGCUGGGUACCCUGGUAAAGGAAUUACAAAACAAGUACGCACCAGGACGCAGAGAAGAAGCUAUUGCUGUUACAAUGAGAUUUCUGCGUUCUGUGGCAAGAGUGUUUGUCAUUCUUAGUGUGGAAAUGGCUUCCUCCAAAAAGAAAAACAAUUUUAUUCCACAGCCCAUUGGAAAAUGUAAACGUGUAUUCCAGGCAUUAUUGCCCUAUGCUGUUGAAGAGUUGUGCAAUGUAGCAGAAUCUCUAAUUAUACCAGUCAGGAUGGGAAUUGCACGUCCUACAGCACCCUUUACUCUUGCUAGCACUAGUAUAGAUGCCAUGCAGGGAAGUGAAGAGCUGUUUUCUGUGGAGCCUCUGCCACCCAGACCGUCAUCUGACCAGUCUAGCAGUUCCAGUCAAUCUCAGUCAUCCUACAUCAUAAGGAAUCCUCAGCAAAGACGAAUCAGCCAGUCACAACCAGUUCGUGGCAGGGAUGAAGAACAAGAUGAUAUUGUUUCAGCAGAUGUGGAAGAGGUCGAGGUGGUUGAAGGGGUGGCUGGUGAAGAAGACCAUCAUGAUGAACAGGAAGAACAUGGUGAAGAAAAUGCUGAAGCAGAAGGACAGCAUGACGAGCAUGAUGAAGAUGGCAGUGAUAUGGAGUUGGAUUUGCUAGCUGCUGCUGAAACAGAAAGUGACAGUGAGAGUAACCACAGUAAUCAGGACAAUGCUAGUGGGCGCAGAAGUGUUGUCACUGCAGCUACUGCUGGGUCAGAAGCAGGAGCUAGCAGUGUUCCAGCAUUUUUUUCUGAAGAUGACUCUCAAUCGAACGAUUCCAGUGACUCUGAUAGCAGCAGCAGUCAGAGCGAUGACAUAGAGCAAGAGACCUUCAUGCUUGAUGAGCCUCUGGAACGAACCACAAAUAGCUCACACGCCAAUGGUGCUGCCCAGGCUCCCCGGUCCAUGCAGUGGGCUGUACGUAACACCCAAAACCAGAGGACGGCUAGCACUGCUCCCUCUAGUACAUCCGCCCCAGCAGCCAGUUCAUCAGGCUUGAUUUACAUUGAUCCAUCCAACCUACGUCGGAGCGGUACCAUCAGUACAAGUGCUGCAGCAGCAGCUGCUGCACUCGAAGCCAGCAAUGCAAGCAGCUAUUUAACAUCUGCAAGCAGUUUAGCAAGAGCAUACAGUAUUGUGAUACGGCAGAUAUCUGAUCUAAUGGGUCUGAUUCCCAAGUACAAUCAUUUAGUCUACUCUCAGAUCCCAGCUGCAGUGAAGCUAACUUACCAAGAUGCAGUUAACUUGCAGAAUUAUGUGGAAGAAAAGCUUAUUCCUACUUGGAACUGGAUGGUUAGUAUCAUGGACUCUACUGAAGCUCAGCUGCGUUACGGUUCUGCAUUAGCAUCUGCUGGUGAUCCUGGGCAUCCAAAUCAUCCUCUCCAUGCUUCUCAGAACUCAGCCAGAAGGGAAAGAAUGACAGCUCGUGAGGAAGCCAGCUUAAGAACGCUUGAGGGAAGAAGACGUGCUACUUUACUGAGUGCCCGCCAGGGAAUGAUGUCAGCACGUGGCGAUUUCCUGAACUACGCACUGUCUUUGAUGCGUUCUCACAAUGAUGAGCACUCAGAUGUUCUUCCUGUUCUAGAUGUCUGUUCACUGAAACACGUAGCAUAUGUUUUUCAAGCCCUCAUUUAUUGGAUUAAGGCAAUGAAUCAACAGACAACGUUGGAUACACCUCAGCUGGAACGGAAGAGAACACGGGAACUUUUGGAACUGGGUCUUGACAAUGAAGAUUCAGAACAUGAAAAUGAUGAUGACACCAAUCAAAGUGCUGCUCUCAAUGACAAAGACGAUGAUUCCCUCCCAGCAGAGACUGGCCAAAACCAUCCGUUUUUCAGACGAUCGGACUCCAUGACGUUCCUCGGCUGCAUUCCCCCCAAUCCUUUUGAGGUUCCUCUGGCAGAGGCCAUCCCGCUGGCAGACCAGCCUCAUCUACUACAGCCAAACGCUCGGAAAGAAGAUCUGUUUGGCCGACCGAGUCAGGGUCUGUAUUCAUCUUCUGCCAACAGCGGGAAAUGCUUGAUGGAAGUUACAGUGGAUAGAAACUGCCUUGAG